CAGCCAAACACUGUUAUUAUAUAUAAGUUAAUACUAACUGUGGUCUUGAAUGCAACAGGUGCUGACUGCAGAAUGAGCAGCUCUUAUGGUGCUACCAAAGAGUGCUGCUUAGUUACCAUGAUCCACAACCAGACACCUGAUUGGUUCUCUUUUUUAUCUGUCAUAAGAACAUUAUACACUCUCUCGUUGCCUCUUACAAGUGUGUUAGUCGAGUAUUUUCAUGUUUUAUAGUAUCAGUGAUUAACUUGGUAAAACAUUUCAGUUUAAAUAAUUAACCGUGGGCUCUGUUUCAAAAGUUGUUUAGCCGUUUUCACAAAGUAAUGACGGGAGUAGAGGGCGUCGGACACAACCACCAUUGGAGGGUCACAAUUCAUCUCCGUUUUCUUAGCGCUUAAUAAACGUAAUGUAUCGUUUUAUUUAGCGCCACCUGCCUUACUAAUUGUAGUGUAAUGUGGUGCAAGAGAUAAUGUCUCCAAGUACAGUUUAUUCAAUGUAUAUGCACGGCUAUCAUUGCCUCACCUGCGCCUUAUGAGGGGGACUAUGUGUGUCCGUUUUUCAUCAUUGUUUAAAAAGAUGAUUCUUGGUGUUUGGUCGAUUGUUCAAUACAAUUUUUCUAAGGUAUAAAAUACAGCAUUGCAAUCUGACUCUCGAUCAGUGGGUGUCAGUAUAAUAACAACUAAUCCUUCAACAUGCUUUCGUCAUAGCCGCUGGACCCAUCCCCUUCAUCUGUAACCAUUACGGACAGGACAUUUUGCGUGGAAACAGCGUGAAUUCACAGUCAAGCUUUAAAAAAUCAAAUUCUCUGUUUGAAAACGUUUGGAUUAUGGCAACGAAGGCGACGGAUGGAUUUUACUUUGGUUCACGGGCAUAGCUCUUUUUAAAUGUUUGGAAUUUAAACAUUUCGUUUUCACAUCAUGGAACAAAGACGCCAGACACAGAGGGAGCGAGGGAGGUUGGUUGCCUACAUCAUUGUUUUAGUUACAUUUUGGAGCACAGCCUCAGGACAAUUCCGAUAUUCUAUUUCUGAGGAAGUAAUCGAGGGGACUGUGGUUGGAAAUGUCGCUAAAGAUUUAGGUCUUGAUCGGGCCACACUAAAAGAAAGGGGAUACCGUAUUGUAUACGGCACGACAGAGCCUCCUUUUCGAGUAAAUCAAGACAACGGUAUCUUAUAUGUAAACGGAAAGAUUGACAGAGAAGAAAUUUGCGAACGAAGCAAGGUUUGUGUAAUCGACUUAAAAGUUGUCCUAGAAAAUCCACUGGAGGUCCACUAUGUAGCAGUUGAGAUUCUGGAUGUGAACGACCACUCACCGAGCUUUCCCGAAAGAGGAAAAAAAAUGGAAAUUUCUGAAUCUGCAUUAACAGGAGCAAAAUUCCAGUUGCAAGCUGCACGUGAUGCCGAUAGUGGUUCACUGUCCGUUCAGCAGUAUAAGUUAAGCAAUAAUGAACAUUUUCGUUUGGAAGUUAAAGACCGUGGCGAGGACCGUAAAACUCCGAGUUUAUUACUUCAAAAGCCGCUUGACAGAGAAUCUGCCAAGACCCAUGUGUUACUUCUGACAGCCAUUGAUGGAGGUAAACCUCCGAGGUCGGGAAACAUGACUAUAAUUGUUGAUGUACUGGAUGUCAAUGAUAACCCUCCACUGUUCACCAAGGAGGUCUAUACCGUGCAGCUGAAAGAAAACUCUCCUCUUGGUACAACUGUUAUUCAAGUAAAUGCAACCGAUUUAGAUGAAGGGCCAAAUGGUGAGGUUGUAUAUUCAUUUGGCAAUGACGUGGAUGCACGUGCACGUUCACGAUUUGAUUUAAAUCCGAUUACUGGAGUAAUUACUGUGGCAGGCGAAAUAGAUUUUGAAGACUGUAGCAGAUACGAAAUAGAUAUCCAAGCAUCCGACAGAGCUGAACAUCCACUAUCUACGGACAAAAGCGUUGUUAUACAUAUUAUCGACGUGAACGAUAAUGCACCUGAGAUUGAAGUGACAUCUUUUUCACGUGCCCUCCCAGAAGAUUCAAAACCAGGAACCACUGUGGCAUUGAUAUAUGUUAAAGAUUCGGACUCUGGUCUCAACGGAAAAGUUAUGUGUUAUCUAAGCCAAGAUCUUCCUUUUACGCUUACUCCAUCUUUACAAAGUAACAUGUAUUCUCUCGUAACAAAAGAACUUUUGGAUAGAGAACAGCAGGCCCAAUAUACUGUAACAAUUAUAAGCAAAGACGCAGGAGAACCACCCCUAUCAUCGGAAAAAACUAUAACCAUUGAUGUGUCAGAUAAAAACGAUAACAGCCCGGUGUUUUCGCAGAACCCAUAUACUUUCUACAUAACAGAGAAUAACAACCCGGGAUCGUCUAUCUUAGCAGUGACAGCCCGUGAUAAUGACGAGGGCAGUAAUGCUCUUAUCUCAUAUCAUAUAUUACGGUUAAGGGACGGAGAGCAAUCGCUGGCCUCGUUUCUGAACGUAAACAGUGAAAAUGGAGACAUUACUGCACUGAAAAGUUUCGACUUUGAAACAGUGAAAACGUUCCAGUUCCAAGUUGUGGCCACAGAUUCUGGAACUCCGUCACUAAGCAGCAACGUCACAGUGAACGUGUUCAUUCUGGAUCAGAACGACAACGCUCCAGUCAUCCUGUAUCCAGUCAGCUCCAACGGUUCUGCUGAAGGUGUGGAGGAGAUUCCCCGCAAUGUGAACGCAGCACACCUGGUGACUAAAGUCAGAGCCUAUGACGCUGAUAUAGGAUAUAACGGCUGGUUACUGUUUUCACUGCAGGAAGUGACUGAGCACAGUCUCUUUGCUUUGGAUCGCUAUACAGGACAGAUCAGAACACUUCGCUCAUUCACAGAGACAGACGAGGCUGAGCAGAAACUGGUCAUACUGGUCAAAGACAAUGGAAACGUUUCCCUCUCUGCAACAGCUACUGUCAUUGUCAAAGUUGUGGAGCCCAAAGAGGCUUUUGCUGCUUCUGAUGUUAAAAGUGCAACAAACGAUGAUGAGGAGAGUAAUGUCACUUUUUAUCUCAUGAUAACUUUGGCCUCAGUUUCAGCACUUUUUCUCAUCAGCAUCAUCGUGCUCAUUGCAAUGCAGUGCUCCAAAUCCACAGACUACACUUCCAAAUACCUACAAGAGACUAAUUAUGACGGGACACUGUGUCACAGCAUCCAGUACAGAUCUGGAGAGAAACGCUACAUGUUAGUGGGGCCCAGAAUGAGUAUAGGAUCUACUAUAGUCCCAGGCAGCCAUGCCAACACACUAGUGCUCCCUGACAGGAGGAGGACAUCUACUGAGGUAAGAUAA